AUGGAUCGGCCACCCCAACCUCGACAGGUGCCAGUCGAGACGCAGACGCCAGUCGCUAUUCCAGAGCAUGGGCCGUUGAGGGCGGCUGAGGUCGGUUGGCCGUACAGGGAGAAACUCGCCACAAGUGCAGUGAGGAUGAUGUUGGAGAGAAAGUGCAUCAAGGGUAUUGUCUCUGGAGUUCAGCAAGGAUGCCACGGCAUCUUGGGCAUAUCGAUGCCUUUAAUACAUCCUGCCUUGCUUGACAAACAUCUCUCGGCCACGUCCAACUCUCAAUUCAAGCUUGCAUCAUGGGACACAGAAACUACACCGGCCUAUGGAGCGCUGGGGCCCAUCGAGCUGCGCCCAGGAGACAGCAAUUAA